AACAAGGCUGUAGACGAGGAGACCCAGUAUCGCCUUACAUUUUUAUCCUUUGUGCUGAAAGCAUUAAAAUAAAACAAUGUAAAGAUAUCUCAGGUAUUAAAAUAAAUGGAGAGGAAUACGGUUGUAUGUCAUUUUACAAUUUGCUGAAGACACCGCCCUCCUUUUAGAUGGCUCAGAUAAGUCUUUAAAAACUGUUUUGAAUCUGCUAAAUCAUUUCGCUUUAAUAUACGGCCUAAAAGUUAAUUUUGACAAUAGUACAAGGUCGAUCAAAACGAAAUGGAAUUUUUCCUCGGGAGAUACACAGUUUAAACUAUUGGGUAUCAAAUUUGAUGUUGAUUUAAAUAAAAUGAUUGCACUGAACUUUCAGAAAAAAGAUAACAAGUAUAGAGAACAGCAUUCUUAUUGAAAGAGAGGAAACACAAUUAUUAAGGCUUUACUAUUGCCUAUACUUACUCAUUUAUUCACAAGUUUACUCUCACCUUCAAAACAAUUUGUAAAAUAUCUUAUCGAUAUUUUCUAUAACUUUGUAUGGGAUGGUAAAGCAAAAAGAAAGGCAGUGCUUUUAUCAACGAUUAUACGGAGGGAGUCUUAAAAAUGGUAGAUGUAGACAGUUAAUUCUUUGAAUAUAAGAUGGCCAAUGGACAAUGGCUCACCGACCCCCAGGAAGCGAGAUGGACGGGGAUAAUAAAUGGGGUUACCCGAUUAGGGUCCGAAACUAAAAAAAUCGUCUAUAGAAGACUGUUCAAGGAAAAUAGAACGUAAAUUCAAAGGAUGAUGACACAAAUUCUACGGAGGUAUUUUCUUGAAUCAUAUGAAGAGAGAUGGCUUAAUACAACAUUAAUUUUCAAUCUCACAAUAACCAGCAAUAAAAUAUUUUAUUGCCUUAAGUAUAUACGUUAUAAUGUUAUGACUAUAACCCUUUUUAUGUCCCUUACAUAUAGCAAACUGCAGUUUGAGUUUACACGAGGGACACAAUUUCCUUCCAUUGCAGUUUCAUAAAUUUUAUUUGUAAUAGUAUGACUGGAAAAUCAUCAAACUAUUUAUAAAGUUAUAAAGUUAAUUCCGUUGAACAUCGUAAAUUCAACUCACACGCAGGUAGUUAUUUAUGACAGGACAUUUAAAGCUAAGGUCAAAGAUGUGUAAAAUGUGUAAAACAGACAAUUUAAAUAAAUUCUGCCUCCCUAUAAUUGUUGGCAAAGCAAGCAGUUACUUCAAAGUAAAAAGCGCAUUUAAACUUUAAUCUUAUAUUUUUUUUUUGCGUUAAGUAAUAAAUUUGUGGAGUUUAACAGUUUCUCAUAAUGUAUAUGAAACGAUUAAGGAUUUUUCAAUUUUAUCGUUGUUUUCUCGUUGCGCAGGCGCAACAAGCUUUCGUUUCACUGUUCUCAUUAAACAGUGCACAUACGUAACUGGAUAUCAUAUAAACUGCAUCGCUGCAUAAUUACUGUUCAAUUUUAUCAAAUUGUAUUGCGUCUUCACCAGCGUAUAACUUAGAAUGGUUAUCUCUUUCAUCUUUAUUAACUGAACAAAAUUUAUUAAGCAGACUUUGUCCUGUGAUCCAUCUUUUAGCCGAAGGCGGGAUUAUCUAUUAAUUGUGCAUUUGCAAGAAGGUAGUAUACUAUACUACCUCCAUGGUAUUUGAUAUGCGCUGCUAUGCCAUUUGAUGUAAAAAAAUAAUGUAUUAUUACUAAAUUAUGUGGUGAAUAAAAUAUCUGCUCAAAGAAAAGAAAAACGUGUUGUGUUGUAAAACUGGGAUUUUCAUACAAAAGCGAUUGAAAUGAGAACAACUACAAGGAACAACAAAUUUAUUGGAAUUAUUCUGCUACCUGCGUUAGCAACAUGUUGUUUAUGGACAUUUUCAACUACAGUUUCGACAGAGAUAUCGGUAAAAAAUACAUUCAACGGCAAUAAACCUGGAAAUGAAUCAAUUAAACAGGGAGAUAAAAUACAAAGAAUUGCUUACUUAAAAGUGCCUAAGACAGGUUCAACCACACUUGCAUGCAUGUUCAUCAGGUUUGGAAUUAGGAAUAAUCUUUCAGUGUUUCUCUCAAAGAAAAGUAGUGUAAGUGAAUCUAAACAAAAACUUUUAUUAAAACAAGAAAAACAGUUCGACAUUUUUGCUACACACACAUUGUAUAAUUAUACCUUUUUCACUCAUAUCGUCAGAAAUCCUUCGAUAAUCGGAAGCGUUGGAGAACCAGGCCAGAUGAUUAUCAGCAAUGCUUUCUUGGCGUAUAGAUACACGACAAUAAAUAAGGAUGACGGGAUUUCUUCACAGAAAUUUAUCGAUGAAAUAGUAAGCAAUACGUCAAAUUAUCAACUUCACAAGGUAAUGUCCAGAUACUUUGGGAUUAGUGAAGUAAAGAACUAUCGUCAUAUGCAAAAAAUCUUAGCUACAUUGAACUCAGAAUUUUCAUUAGUACUUGUUAUUGAAAGGUUCAACGAAUCUCUUAUUCUUUUAAAACGACUUCUUAACUGGUCAUUUGCUGAUAUAACUUACUCAACGAAAAUGUUGAAUCAUCACGGCAAAGUGUUUCUUAACAACUUCCAGAUAGAUCACCUUAGAACUACAAACUCGUUGGAAUAUAAAAUUUAUGAAUAUUUUUUAAAUGAGCUUAAUAGAAAGAUAAAAAACGCAAUUAACAACUUCUGGGGAGAAGUUCGUUAUUUCGAACACAUUUUAAAUGAAAUACAUUCUUUUUGCCAAAACCCGUCUAAUAACAAUAACGCAUACGUUUUCCCUCCGUCGAGAUGGGGUGCAGGUUUUUCAAUUAACCUGGAAGAAUGCUUUAUGAUUUUUAACAUAGAUGAUAUAAGAUUUAAACAGCAAUCGAAAAUAUUUGGCAUUGACUUAAUUGAAUAGCUAUUUAAUCUGAUAAAUAUUUGGGUAACUAAAUAUCGAAUUACCUCUCUAUAGUGGCCCUCUAUUAAGCAAAAAACUCUCUUUAACAACAUCACCCAAAUUUCACAAAGUUGAAAUAUACUUUCGAAUUUACAUCUCCAGAGCAACAGCCUCUACAUAACAGUCAAUAUUUGUAUCUCCCAAAGAGUGUUGCUCUACAAAGGUUGCACUGUAUAAACACUGUACAUCCUGUGUAAUACAUUUAUUAUAGAAAUGGACUCUGUGGUAGAAUAGGGGAGAAUUAAAAAGUUUUGAAAAAAAAAUUACAUCCUGGCUUUUAGCCAACCUUUUUUAAUGUAUAUAUUUAUUUUAUAUAAUAUCAUUUGGCAGAAAGCUGUUGAAACACUGAGUUUUAUGAAUGUCUUUCUUUACAUAUGUAAACGGUUGUUC